CAUUUGCGCACACUCCAGCGCCGUAGCUGUCUUUGCAGGUUUGCGAGAAAUUUGUGUGUUUCGAGCUCGAUUGCGGACGUGGGUCUGACUGCAACGAUGGCGUCCAUUGUCGGAACUUCGCUGUCUAUGAGCGCGCCGUCGCAAUUGUCGCUGGGCUCGUCCAUGGCCGGUACCAAACUGGCGCAUGCGAAUGCCCCCAUGUCCCCGUCCUCUGCUGCUGGGCCGUUGCGAGUGGAAGCCAUGAAGAAGAUUCAGGGUCGAGUGAUUUGUGCCUCGAACGACAAGACCAUCGCCGUGGAGGUCACCCGAAUUGCGCCCCACUCCAAGUACCUGAAACGUAUCAAGUCGGCAAAGAAGUACCACGCGCACGAUCCUGAGAACGAGUGCAACGUCGGCGACAUCGUCACUCUCGAGAAGUGCAAACCUAUCAGUAAGAGCAAGACGUUCAUUGUUGUGGAGCGCAAGGUUGGUCGGCCUCGUGGUGAGAGGCUUGCCGCCCCCACAUUGCCUCCAUUGGAGAGUGAAGCUGAGAGCCCUGUCGCUGCCUAAUUUGGGGUUUCCGAGAUUCUAUUUUAUUCUGGGAUUUUUUCUUUUUUUCUUUUUUAAUUCUUAGUGUAAUUUGAGAUCAGGGUUGGGAAGUGUAGGAAAUCUUUGGGGCAUCAGGAGGCAGUUGUAAUAACCAUAUCCCUCGGCAUUCUACUUUAGUGGACUCUUAGUGGACUCUUAUUGUUGAGAAAUUCGCAACACGGUUGAUAGAAAGUAUAACAUUUUCGCAUGCUCUUGCCUCUUCA